UCAAAGCUGGCACAACUUUCUGCUGAGUCAUCGGGACACGCUCCUCCGGCCCGGGACUGCGCGAUCCUCUUCCUCCUCAGGUCCGCGUCUCAUCCUUCUCAGGUCAGCUCCUCUUCCUCCCCUCAGCGCGGUCAGGACUGAAAUGUCAGGUUCGGAGAGAGAUCAAUCGAGAGCACAGGAUGAUCGUCAAAUCUCUGAAACGAUUCACGUCAGCGUCAAAGGUCCAGCGGAGAGCAGAGAGUGCACCGUGAGAGGAGACUGCACCGUCACACAGCUGAAAUGGUCUCUGGCAGAGGGUGUGGGGGUCCCGGCACAGCAGCUGUCGCUGAUCCACUUUGGUCGCGUGCUCAGGGAGUCAGAACUCCUGAGUCAUCUUAGGGCACGAGAUGGGUGUGUGAGCCUCUGCAUGAUCCAAAGGCCUCAGCUUUCGUCUGCUGCACCCACCUGUGAUCCAACUUUAGAAAGUGUCCAGUCGGAGCUCACAGCCGCUCUUCAUCCGGACCCUGACAGUAUCACGCCGUCUCCCACCUCGCCCCUUUGUCUGGUGGAAGGUCUUGACAAUUUUGGCCAAACAAACAGCGGGCCUGGCUUCUUUUCUUCACUCCAAUGCCAGAUGGAGAGCCAGCUGCUGGCUGACCCGGAGAUGCUGCACCGUGUCCUGGGCAGCCCCUUCGUACAGACCACCCUCUCCACCUCCAGCCCUCAACUAACCAGACAGCUAAUUCUGUCAAAUCCCCAAAUUCAUCAGCUCGUGCAGACAAACCCAGAGGUUGGAGAUAUGCUUAAAAAUGCAGAUGUUAUCACACAGGUGCUGGAGCUCGUCAGGAACCCCGACAUGAUCGAGGAUGUGAUGCAUGAUGAAGACAAAGCAUUAGGAAAUUUGCAGCCAAAGCAGGAAAACCCUGAAAACACCAAUAGGGAUUCUGGUGGCAAUCCGAAGACUGACACAAAAGAAAUGCACUCUUCUCGGAUCCAGAUAGCAGCAUCCCGAGUGGGGACAACAUCAUCUGGGGAAAAACAGCCAAAUGAAGGAGAAAGAAACAAGACUCCACCCGUCUCCAGUGACUGUUCAGAUCCUCUCGGAGAACUGAGAGCUGAUCCGAACCCUCAGAGCUCCCUCACUGCAGGCAUGCAGUCUCUGCUACAGGAGAUCACAGCCAGUCCCGGGCUGAUGGAGAGCCUGCUGUCUGGGCCGUAUGUCAGCAGCCUCCUCCACUGCCUCUGCCAGAACCCAGACCUCGCUGCACAGAUGCUGCUGAGCCACCCUUUGUUCUCAGGAAAUCCUCAGCUGCAGCAGCAGAUGAGACAGCAGAUCCCUCUCUUCCUGCAACAGAUGCAGAGUCCAGAACUGCUGUCAGCCAUGUUGAACCCCAGAGCCAUGGAGGCUCUGCUCCACAUCCAGCAGGGCCUACAGACUCUGGCUACAGAGGUUCCUGCUCUGAUACCUACAGCCGGUGUUGAUGCUGCACCUGAGCUAGCAUCUGACUCUGUUCUCAACAGCCAAUCUGAAAGUGGUCCUCGGGUUGCCGCGGUGACAGAGCAGCAGCAGCAGCAGUUUGUGCAACAGAUGCUACAGGCGCUGGCUAACACCGAUAAUGGGGUCCACGUUGAGGACGCUGAGUUCCAGGACGAGCUGGAGCAUCUGAGCUCAAUGGGCUUCGGAGACAGAGAGGCAAACCUGCAGAUCCUCAUCAGCACCGGAGGAGACCUCUGCACUGCAAUACAACAACUCCUCAGUCUCUGACACACACACACACACACACACACACACACACACACACACACACACACACACACACACACACACACACACACACACACACACACACACACACACACACACACACACACACACACACACACACACACACACAACGUAGUAAAAGGUUUUUCCUUCAAACUUCAGCUUGCUAACAUCAGCCCUGCAAAAAAAAACAUGGUAUCAUCAAUAACAUGUUCAGGGUUCAAAUUAGGCCAACACAUACAAAUACUUUUAACUUAACAACUGAGAAACAUAGCCUUACUAUUCAGGAUAGGAUUUAAAUUGGAGCAAUAUGAUUACAUUUCAUUUGUCAGAGAUUAACUCUUUGUGCUUUACUAAAUCCUAGAAUCCUGAAGUUUUGAAACAGAUUUGUUUCAUAUGUUGCAAUGGAACAACAAUAAUAACUUAAGUCAAAGAACAUCAUUUUAAAUGGCUUAUAUUAAAGUGGACCUAUCAUGCUAUAUUAUAAUAAUAUAGUGUAGGACCAUACCUAUAUAAGGCAUAUUUAUAC